AUGAGAAAAACAUCAAGCGAAAAUAAUGCUGAUUCAGAGUUAAGUUCAGCUUCUAGAGGAAAAUUUAAAGGAAAAGAAGAAAAAAAUGAAGAGAAAUUAAGUGAUUUCAAUAAAGAAAAGAAAAAGAAUGAAAAAAAAAAAAAUACAAAUAAAGAGAAGAAAACAUCUACUACAAAAAGGACGGGAACAUGUAAAAAUAAAAUAAAAUUUUUAGUAGAUAACAUAAUUAUAAUACUUAUUAUUUUGUCAUUUCUUCUUUUAAUAUCCUUUAAGUAUCUUGAAGAACAAUAUUCCAUCGAAUCUUAUCUUGAAGAUGAAGAUACUUUUGAUUAUUACGAAGUUUUGAAAUGCAAAAGAGGUGAUGAUAUUCAAAAAAUAAAAAAGAAUUAUCGUGAUUUAUCUAAGCAAUAUCAUCCAGAUAGUAAUAAAAAUUGCAAAGAUUGCGAAAAAAAAUUUCAAGAAAUAACAAAGGCUUAUAAGACACUGUCAGAUGCUAGAUUAAAAAAAGCAUAUGAUAAUUCUAAGGGAAAGGUUUUAAAAUUAAUUGAAUCAAAUAGUAUUAAUCUAAAUGAAAAAAAUUUUACAGAUUUAGUAGAAAACUCUAGUGAUUAUUGGAUAAUUCAGAUUUAUUCUGAUACAGAUAGCUUAUGCUUAAGUUUCUCAAGAAUAUGGGAAGAAAGUUUUGAUAAAUAUCACGAAUAUAUAAAAUUUGGUAGAAUAAAUAUAUCAACUGAUAAAAAGUUAGUAAAAAAAAAAAUUCCUUUUAAUGUUAAAAUAUUUCCUACCAUUUUUAUAUUGUCUCCUGAUGGUUCUUAUCAACUGUAUUCAAAUAUUUAUAACUCCACUUCUAAAGAUUUUCAAAAUUUUAUUUUAAGUAAUUAUCCUAACUACAUAUUUAAUUUAACCAUUUUUAAUAAAUCUUUUCAAAAUAAAAAUGAAUUACAAGUUAGGCAAACACACAUAGAUAAAAAUCACAAAGUAAUAUUAUUAACAAACAAAACAAAACUAGGUCUUCAAGUCAAACAAGUAACUUAUAAAUUUCGUAAUAUUUAUCCAACAUAUGCAAUUAAAUAUAAUGAAAUUGAUAGUAUUUUAAAUGAUUCUAUUAAAAAAUCAAUAAUAGAUUCAUUGAAAGUAUUAAGUAUUAAAAAAAAUGAAUAUAUAAAAGAAAAUGAAAAUUUGGAUUAUUUUUUAUUAGUUAAUAAUAAUCAAGUAAAAGCUAUAAGAAGAAUUUCCCCAAGUAAUAUUAAAAAUGUAUAUUAUGAUGCUUUAAAAAAGAAUUUUGUAGAAGUCAAUUCAAAUAAUAUUGAUGCAGUUUGCUCAACGGUAGGUUCAAGGCAUACCUAUUGUUAUGUAAUUUUUAUUGAUAAUUUAGAAGAUGAAAAAGCUUUAAAUUAUAUAAAAAAAAGUUAUCAACAUAUAAACAAUUCUUAUAAUGAAUUUGUAGCAAAGUUAGGAAACGAAGAAAAUGAUGAACAGUUUUUCAUUCAACCAGUAUAUGUAUUAAAAAAGCACUUAACGAAAAAAUUUAUAAAUUUUAUAAAUGAAAAAUCCAUUAAUAAAUAUGAUUCGUUUUUUCUUGAUUUUUCAUCCAACACAUUUGCUGUUAUUAAUGAAAUUAAAAAUUUAAGUGAUUAUUCUCAAAAAAAAGAUGACGUUUCUUUUCUUGAGAAAAUAUACAAAGAUAUCGAAAUAUUAAACUUUGAAAAAAUACCUAAAUACUGUUUGCCAUUCAACGUUAACUGUUUAUAUAACGUAAAAUCAACUUUAUUUUAUAAAAUUUACAACAUUUUUAAAAGAACAACAAAAAUGCAAAUUAUGAUAUCUAUAUUAAUUGCAUAUGUGUUAUUACCAUCAUUUAAACAAUAUGGAAGAAUUAAAUAUGUUUUUUUAACAUUUUCAAUAGUUUUAUCAAUUUUUGCAAUAAAUUUAAAAGAUUUGUUUAUGUUGUUUUCGAAUUAG